AUGGAUGAGAAGACAGGAAACGGCAGCCGGAACGCUGGUUUAUCAUCAGAAGGGCCGACGUUGCGACUCUAUCCAUGUGUAGAACACAAGGCGGAUAACUACGACGAUUUGGAGGAAUCGGAGUUUAGCCCUCUUUUAUACAGUUCUCUUGAGCGUCAUCUUCCAAAUAACAUCCUUAAUUCAUCACGAUUCGACAAAGCACAAUACAUCAAUAAAAUUCUCCUUCGCUACUCUCCUCAAUCUGAGCGAAGUCGCACGCAGAAACAUAGAGAAUAUAGGCAGAAGAUCAUAUCAAACUAUCAGCCUCUACACAGAGUAUUAUAUACUAUGCACGCAACAAAUUUCUUUGUGCCUGCAUUUAUUAAGGCAAUCAGUGAGAACUCGGUGGAAAGCUUCAGAAAUAUAAUGUUUGAACCCUCUCCAGGUGUUCUAACAUUUGAAAUGCUUCAACCACGUUUUUGUGAGAUGAUGUUGGAGGAGGUAGAAAACUUUGAAAAAUGGAUUCGUGAAACAAAAUUCAGAAUCAUGCGUCCCAACACAAUGAACAAAUUUGGAGCCGUUCUUGAUGACUUUGGACUUCAAACAAUGCUUCAGAAAUUUAUGGAAGAUUUUAUACUCCCUAUUUCAAAAGUUCUAUUUACUGAAGUUGGUGGAUCAACACUCGAUAGCCAUCAUGGUUUUAUCGUUGAGUAUGGGACGGACAGAGAUGUUGACUUGGGUUUCCAUGUUGAUGAUGCUGAAGUCACUUUGAAUGUGUGCUUGGGAAAACAAUUUGCUGGGGGAGAGUUGUUCUUUCGAGGUGUGCGAUGCGAGAAACAUGUAAACACUGAAACACAACUAGAGGAAAUAUUUGAUUAUUCGCAUGUUGCGGGGCAUGCAAUUCUUCAUUGUGGUCGCCAUAGACAUGGUGCUAGGGCCACAACAUCGGGGAGAAGGAUCAACUUAUUGCUAUGGUGCAGAAGCUCCGUCUUUAGAGAGAUGAGAAAGUAUCAAACAGAUUUUUCUAGCUGGUGUGCAGAGUGCAAGCGCGACAAGGAAGAAAGGAUCCGGCAAAAAGUUUUAAUUCUCAAAUCGGUAGGCUCUCAACUAAAGUAA